AUGGACAAUAUUGAAAGAUUGUUAGCAGAAUUAGCACUUAAUAAUUUCGAAUCGGAAUCGCUGCAUUGGGUAGAUGUCGUACAUGUAGUUACCCCAAUAAAUUUUUAUGUGCGUCCAAUAAAGUACAAUAAAUUAGUUGCAUCAUACAAAACAAUGACUCCUAGUACUAAAUUUACGACUAUAAAAAUUAACGAUAUGGUAAUCUAUAAUCUAAGUUUUCGUCUUGGCCAGAGUAACUACUUUAGAAGAGGUCGAGUUUCUCAAAUAAAUAUUGUUAAUGAUCAUGUGGAAUGUGAUAUAUUCACUAUAGAUCACGGCUUUACUGAUAAAUCAGUGCCUAUAGAGUACCUUUGGCAGUGUUCACCUGACUUACUGAAUACUCCAGCACUUGCUUACAAUAGCCAGCUAGCAAAUUGCUUCCCAGUGCGCACUAGUAUUUGGACAGAAUAUGCGACACAAGUUUUUAGACGUCAUUUAGGACGUGGUCGAGUAAAAAUGUCAGUUUUAGGCAGAACGUCUAGUAAAUUAGUAGUAAAAUUAAUGAAUUCUAAUCUAGAUGACGUCGCUACACUGUUAGCUAUAAGCGGAUUCUCUGAUGUAGGCUCCUAUUAUGAUUGCAUACCUUGGAAACCUCUUAUUGUACGCAAAAGAAUCACAUUUAACUUUAAAAAAGUUUUUAUGAAUGAAAGAUUACGGGUGAGGAUGUUGUCAGGUAGGUCAUUUGAAGAAUUCUAUGUAAAAGAGGUAGAGGACUACGAAAAAUUAUUCUUAAAAGACAUACACAAUAUAACAUUCUAUGCCAGAAGAGAAUUUUCACUCAUUCCCGCUCAUUUGAUAGAAGGUGCAAUAAUUUGUGCAAAAGACGAUGAAAAGAAUAUGUACCAUAGGGCUAUCAUUAAAAAGGUUACAAAACUAGAAUCAACAGCAAUCCUGCAGCUUGUGGAUUGGGGGAGAGACGAAGAGUUUGCAGUAAGUAAAAUGAAAUAUAUGUCAAAACAAGCCUUGAAUAUACCUUUAACUACAAUAUUUUGUAAAUCUGCAAAUUAUAAUAAUCAAGCUUGGGUUAAAGAUAUUGAAAAUUUUCUGAGUUCUGGAUUUGAAUUCUAUAUUACAAUAAAACGCCUUGGUCAUGAAUUCGAAUGUCCACAUACUGUUGACAUUUCACCGAUAGAAGAUGAAAGCUGUCUAGGGGCUACUGCUUUACCAGAGGAAACUAAACAAAAUACUAAUAUUGAAAUAGAAUAUGAAAUCUGUCAAGGAGCAAGUUCCUGCGCGGGGAACACUGUAAAAAGGAGACCUUUUGGUUAUGGAGAGUUCGAAUACUUAAGCACACCAGAUAUUUCACCCCACAGUGAAGAGGAGAAUAAUUGCCAAGGGACAAUAACAUGGCAAAAACUAAUUACUAAAAGAAGAGUACCAUACAAAGGUGUGAAUUAUAAAUAUGUACUUCCAAAAACUGUAAAAACCGGAUACAAAAAUAAGUCAGCUCAUGAAACUGGUGAAGGACCAUCAUCUUUCGCGAAUGAACAUUUAGAAAUCGGAAACGAGGAAUAUGAAUUCGAAUUUUCAAAUAUUACAGAUGCAUCAAUAGCAACUGAAAUAGAAGAAAUGAAUAUCACAGGUAUUUCCUCUAAUAUUAUUGGGAGUCGCCGGCGUGCGGACAAUCUUCCUAAAGAUUAUAAAAUUACAAAAUCUUCGGAAAUUUCGAAAAAACAUGAAAUGACAGAAGCGGAAUGUGGAGGUGCAAGCGCUCAGCAAAAAUCGGCAGAAGCAGGAAACACAGUAGAAGAACAAAGCAAGUCUAUUGAAAAUCUUGACUUGAAUUUCAAAUGUUUAAAUUUAGAAAACAACACAAAAGAAUCUGGAGAAAAAAAGAUAAACUCGGAAGAACAUACCGAUUUAGUGAAGGAGAGCAUAGAC